CAUAUGUAGUGCAAUACCGACAGCAUCAAACUCAUGGCAACUCUCCGAAAAUUAUUGUUAGUUUUUCUUUGGAUCUACACAAUGCAAAGGCUGAAUGUAGCUGGACUAAGAGUUGACCAACCUAUGUCCGUGGAGGUUGAAAGCACUGGUGAGGCCACUCUAGAGUGUACUCACAACUGCAAUGAAAACACUGAACUAAAACUAACAAUCCUUAAAGGAAGCAAUGAAGAAGUGAUUUGCAUUGGGAGAACAAAUUCAUCUGUACACCGUGUCAAUUCUACAGAAGUCCUGCAUUGUCAGAUUAACCGGAAACCAGGCAGAGUUUCUGUCACAUUAUAUGGAUUUAACUCAUCUUUAAUUGACAACUAUUUCUGCAAGAUCGAGAAAUUGUACCCACCCCCUUAUGAAGGGAAAAAAGGGAGUGGGACCAUCAUCUUCACCAGCAAAAAGAAUUGCCAGAAAUGCGAAAGCAGCUUCCAGUUUGUAAUGCUCUUGACCAUGGGACUUCUCAGUAUCCUGACUGUGUUAAGUGUGAUCUACAGCACUGUACUGACAUUGAAGACAUGCAGAGCUAAAAGGGUGACAAAGAAAGAAGAGGACAAUUCUGUGUAUGAGCAAAUGGCUCCCAGCACUGGUGGAGAACAGAGCAGGAGGAACACUGAGUCAGCUACAACUCUUAUGCGCAAAUACUAAAAGAAAAUGUUUAUCUAGUUCAGCACAGAACCUUCACCGUAUUGGUUGAAUUGCUUCAAUAUUUUCUAACAGCGGAGUUGAUGUGGUCUCUGCAGUCUGAAAGCUUCAGAGAAAAGCUGAGUAAAAUGGUCAGUGUUACUGCCAUGCUACUUUUAUUCUCACAUCAACAAGUAUCAAUAUGAUGUGCAAGUUAUUUUUGUAUCAAUGUUGCAUCUAAAGUGCCACUAAAACAGACAUUGGAGGAAAGCUUCCAGACAGAGCAAAGAGUGGGUAGUUCAUCAUUACUGGGGACUUCGUUACAUUACUGGACAUCUUUUUGAGUGAGGGAGCUUUCUCAAAGGAUAGACUAGCCUCUGGCACUGGAUUCACAAAGUUUUAUAUUUAAACCACACCAUGUGAAGUUUUGAAAUGAAUCUUUGAAUUCUCAUUUGACAGUCCAAAAGGUUUGUUGUUUGUUUACAAACAAGAUAAUGCUAAUGCUAUUCCAACACCGUAGAAUUCCUACAGCGUAAAAGCAGACCUUUUCGCCCAUCGAUUUUACACCAAACCUCCAAAGAGCAUUCCACCCAGGCCCAUCAUCUACCCUAUCUGGUAACCUUGCGUUCCCCAUGGCUAAUCCACCGAGGCUGAACAUCGCUGGACACUAUGGGCAAUUUAGCAUGGCCAAUUCACCUAAAUUUCACAUCUUUAAAACUGUGGGAGGAUACUGACACAGAUAUAGGGAGAUUUGCAAACUCCACACAGUCACCCAAGGGUGGAAUUAAACCCAGGUCCCUAGCACUGAGGCAGCAGUGCUAACCACUAACCACCAUGCCACCUGUCUCCCCAUAUCAUUUGGCUCUCCCUGAGAUAGUAGUCCACAUGAAUUCCAAUACACUCUUUGACCCAAUGCCUUCAGGGAUUAAUUUUUGCUGAUUUGAAGGUGAAAUCAAAUUUGAAGAACUAGUCUUCCUGCAAGCUCACGACAAUCCCACUCUCAUCUCAGUGUGAUAGCUAACUCCCAAGCAGCUCAGCAUGCAAGGCAGAUAACCUGUGAGCAGUCAUUCUCCCUUCCAUUUAAUGCUUUCAUAAGCAUUGCUCAAGCAACAGAAAAACAAUCCAAACAGAAUGCCACACUGAAGCAAUUGAGGUUGAGCUACACACAAACAGCUGAGGCAGUGCUACCUUAGGGGAAGAUGGUGUUGGCAAAGAAUUCAUUCCUGGAUGUUGUACACAUUGAUACCCCUCACUGUGCUGUGCCCAGUCUGGCCGCUCAGAAUCACUCCGUGAUGCUCUGGUGUAUCCAAACUGACUGUUUGUUUUGAGAAAAGGUUUGCGAUUAAGGUGUUCUUUAGUUCCCAGGUUUGUUCCGGAGAAAUAUACUUUGUGAUGAAAGUGUCUUGUCUUAUUUGAAUUUGUUCCAGAAAGUGAUAAUUUUUCAAUAUAUAGCGUCUAAUAUGUUGGAUGGGAUUUCUGCGUAUGAAAGCCCUGGAACAUCUGGCACUUGAAAGAUGUCACCCAAACAUGUAGACAUCAUUUGCAGGAAAUAGUUUAUUUCAUUUUCUGAACCUGUAAGAUUAAAUUUUGGUGACAAGUGCAGUCACGUUAAAAGCAGACACACGGUGGGUGGGUUUCUGUUUUCUGGUCUUGC